AUGAGACUUCAAGCCAAUAUAUCAUUCACCCAUACAACAUGGAAAGCAGAACAAGAAUCUGAAAUUGAAGAACCCACACUCACACUUCAAGUCGAGGUGAAGAACAAGUACUUUGUCUCUGACAAUUCUGACAGAAGCCGACCUCCUAUCAUCCCGCCGUCUACCUUCUCCACCACCUCUUUUCGUACUAAGAUGUCCGCCUUCUUAUGUCCCCAGACUUCACACCGAAGAAUCCUCCGCAUGCUUUCCAUGAUAGGAAUCGCGCAGCAGGCCAUCGCCGAGGAUUUGAAUUCUGUCAUUUCCACUUACAGCCGUGGGAGGGUCGAAGAGGUCAUCCGUAUGGGGGUUAAUGCAAUGGAGAUUGUCGCUCAUAUAGAGCUUCGAUGGAUAGGAUCUUAUGAUGACUUGAUGGAUAUUGAUGAUGGGCAGGCCAAGACUCAUGGAUCGAAAUCAUUGGCUAAGAUAGAGGCUUUGUUGGAGAAAUAUAAAGUUAAGAGGUGGGAUGAAAGGGAGAAUUGUGGGAUUUGUUUGGAUGAGUUGGGUGAUAGUGAGACUGAGGAAGUUAGUGUUCUGUCCUGUUCACAUCCGUUUCAUGUGAGGUGUUUGAAGAGAUGGUUGGAAGAAAGUGAUUCUUGCCCUCUGUGUAGAAUGCAUAUCUGA